AUGACUGUGGUAAACGAACUCGAUUCGCACCUAAUGGCUUCUGGGAAAUCGAAUUCUAACGGACACUUCGCCGAAAAUAACCGGGGUGGACCCGGUGCUGUUACUGAGGAUUCAGCCGGAGGUAGUCAUAGAAAUGGUGACAACGCUGAGGAUGUUCGCAAGCAGAGACUGCAAAAGGCUAUGCGUGUUUCGGAAGAAUGGAAAUCUGCAAUGGCUAAACCACGUACGGCGGCGGCCACCGUUGUUAAGCCCGAAACUGAGCGUCGCCGUCCAACGCUUACAGUACACAAAUUCAAGCAGCAGACCGAAUCUGCGCUAUCUACCGAGUUGAGCGUCGCAAGCGAUAGCAAAAUCUGCAGUGUGAUCAGUGAUAUAAUUUUUCUUCUACACGAAGCCGACCUCAUCAAGGAAAAUAUUCUCUACAAGUGUGGAAAACUGAAGGAAGAUUUCGAACGUGAAGAGACCGUGGUACGCACAAUGCUAGCUGAAGCGAAUAUUCCAACGGCCAUUUCGGACUCACUUCUUGAUAGCCAUUUUACUAUGUCAUCGACGAGAUCAGCGGCUCCCGUACAAGAUCCGCCUCAUCCAACAUUAUCACCACGCCCUGGUGUUGAUAGUGUCAUGGCAACUGCGGUACCACCACCUUUCCCACCCACAAAUGUGCCACCGCCACUGAUAAAUGCUUCUGUUCCGCCGCCUAUACCACCGGCGUUUCCUACUCUUCAUGCGAGUGCUUCACUGCCCGAUUUGAGUGUGCCACCGCCACCUAUAAACAAUGUCACCUCUUCUGCGCAUCCAACGCCGCCACCCACGCUGCCACCACCAUUGACUACAACAUCGUCAUCAACGCCAAUGUUCACAGUUCCUCCUCCACAAAUUCCGGUUUCAUCCGGCAUGGAGUCGGUUCCUGGAGGAAAAUCGACUUCUAUCACCCCAUCAGUACAACCGCCAGUAGCAUUACCUCCACCAUCGAACUUGCCGCCACCUUCGACCCUACCGCCACCAUCGACCGCGCCACCACCUUCCACAUCGGUGCUGCCGUCAUCGACGUUACCACCACCAACAUCACUACCGCCACCGCCAAUCUUGUCGCCACCGUCGGCGGGGUUACCACCACCGUCAUCUCUUCAUCCGCCACCAUCAGUAUCGGAGUUCACCAACCGGCCGCAACCUGCGAGCACUGGCGGCGUUUCUGUGGAGACAAUACUUAACGCGAGCCUUCGCCCCUGCUCAACGCUUCAGUUUAGUGGCCCGUUCGGACCCCCUAUAGCCCCGCCGCCACGUAACGACUAUCCUCCUCCAACUGCGUCACGAGGUUCUUUUCAAGGAACGCGUAGAUUUGAACCUCAGAAUCGAGGAACUUUUUACACUCAAAGGCGCUAUGAGGGACGCGAUCGCAGGCCGCCUUAUCAAGAUUUGGAACCGCAUGGAAAUGAAGCGCCACAAGACCACGCACAGCGUCCAAGGACAUUCCAGCCCCAACCUCCUCCAAUAUAUCCGUGA